GGGUCGCGGCCGGGCGAGCCAUGCCUCCGAAGGGGGUGAAGCAGCACAUCAAGAAGGCCAAGCGCGUCGAGAGUGGCGACGGGGGCGCUGGGCUGCGCCGCUCCAAGACCGUGGAGCAGAUCUACCAGAAGAAGACUCCCGUGGAACACAUCCUCCUACGCCCGGACACCUACGUGGGCUCCGUGGAAAAGCAGGACGACAGCCUGUGGAUCUGGGACAGCAAGAAGGGGGAGAUGGACUUCCGCAACGUCACCUACGUGCCGGCCCUCUACAAAAUUUUCGACGAGAUAUUGGCGAAUUCUGAGGACAACCUGCAGCGCGACAAGACCAUGAACUACAUCAAGGUUGAGAUCGAUACGAAGCAGACGCGCAUCAAGGUCACCAACAAUGGCAAGGGGCUGCCCAUAGCGAUUCACAAGAAGCACAAUGUGUACGUGCCUGAGCUUGUCUUCGGGCACCUGCACACUUGCGACAACUACGACGGCUACAGGACUGGGACAAGGGCUGGGACAAGGGUCAGUGAUCCUGCAGGACUGUCGGAUGAUUCGUUGGAAAUGGCGACUUCAGAGGUGCUGGAGGCGGGCUCUGGGUACAUGGUCGACAACACCGACACAGGCACCGACGCCAGCCCAGACACCAACAUCAUCGACGCCAGUAUCGCCGACGCCGGCAACGACGCCAGCAUCACCAACGCAGGAAUGCCGCCCUUCGUGAAGACGCUGAAGGGGAACACCCAGCUGGAGGAGGACCAGGACUGGUCGCUGAUAGCGGUCCACGAGGCGUUUGCGGCGGACUCCGCGCAACGGCCGGGGGACUCCUCCAUAUUUGAAGCGGGUUCCGGAGCGGUGAAGGGGUGCAACCACCAGCCCACCGAGACCUGGAAGGGCGCCCCGCAGGACUACCAACACAUCAGCAUCGACACCAGCAUCGCAGGCUACCACGACAAACGCAACGCCCAGAAAAACCACGACGCCCACGACCACGGCAACCACGGCACCUUCGACAACCUCGACAGCCCGGACGCUCACGACGAGCAAGACGACCACGACCACGACAACGAUGACAAGGACAUCCACGACGACCACAACCCACAAAGUCCACACCAACAGCAUGUCGAGGAGCAGCACGGCGAGGAUCAGCAGCCGAGGAUGGGCUGGCAUCCCCCAGAGCGGCAGCGACAGCAGCCGCCUCCGGCGCGAGCCGCCAGCACCCACGGCUGCAUUGACGACGGUUCCACCGCCAUGCGACUGCAUCGACACCUGCACGUGGCACCAACGCCAGCACCCGUCAACGAGCGCAACGGCGACGCCACCCUUCACGACGGCACCCCUCAGACCAACGCCGCCGUCCUGCCCCACGACGCUCUCCACGCCGCUGCUGUUGCCGACAUUGGGCUCGACUUACUGUGCUGUGUUGCUUGGACUGGGGGCCCCAUCGAAAACCGCAACACGGUCCAAGAGAACGUCCAGGACAUCCCCCACGACACCCAUGACGACCAAGAAGACGCGGACGACAACAUCGACGUCCACCACGACUCCCACGAGGACCUGGACAUCCACCACAGCAUGCACCACGACAUCCACGUCGACCAGGAGGAUACAAGCGACCACAACAUCCACCACAACAUCCACGAUGACCAGGGGCAGGCGCUGCCCAGGCGCGCCGAGCUGCUCCGCAUCCACUCCAACACGGACGCUCCCACCUCCGACUUCUGCCAGCGGCAAUUGCCUGGGCCGAGCCCGGGACUAUUGCCGAGAACUUCGGCCACAACCCACAGCCGCGGAAGCGCUCAGCUCUUCGUGAAGACGCUCACGGGGAAGACGAUCACAAUCGACGUGGUGACCGCUGAUACGAUCCGCAGAGUGAAGGAGACGGUCCAGGACAAGGAAGACACCCCUCCGGCUCAGCAGCGCCUGAUCUUUGCGGGAAAACAAUUGGACGACAGCCGAGCGCUCUCGGACUACAACAUCCAGACCCCGUCGGGUAGGGGGCAGAUGCCCAUCCUGUAA